UAUGGUAACAAUGGCCAGCAAGUGGAGCGGCGGCGAUCCCUUCGACACAUCAGUGCGGGACCGCCUUGGGCAAGGAUGGCGCGCGCGUACCGAUCGCUGCUGUUGGCUGCGGCCGUAGUCACGCUAGCUUCAGACUCAGCAAGUGAGAGAGAUCGUCACCCAAUCAAAGAUGCUCUUCUACUCCACAACGAAGCAUACAACGCUACGUUUGAGGACUGCGUGUGGAGGCGCGAGCGCGAGCCGUGUCCAGACUCCGAAGUCAACCUACAUCUCUACACUGAAGCGGAGCCUGUGAAAAGAGUCGUGGACCUUUUCAGUGAAGACUGGCUGAGGCAGAGUGGAUGGGAACCGGCGCAUGAGACCAUCCUGCUAGUCCACGGAUAUGCAGGAGGUGAUGACACUCUGCCUAUCAGCGUGCUGAGAGAUGCGUACCUUCGUCGCGGAGGGUACAACGUAUUCAUGUUGGACUGGGGCGCGCUGUGCCAGCCGCCGUGUUACGUGGCGGCUGUACACAACCUGCGCCCAGUAGCGCGAUGUGCCGCUGAAGCCCUCGCCACGCUCCGCCGAGCUGGUCUCCGGCCCGACACCCUCACCUGCGUGGGACACUCGCUCGGCGCGCAUCUGUGCGGCAUCAUCGCCAACUAUCUCACCUUCAGGCUUAAUAGGAUUAUUGGACUGGACCCCGCGCGUCCGCUGAUCAGAUCCGCGCCGGCGCUGCGGCUGGACCCGGGGGACGCGCGAGCGGUGCACGUGCUGCACACGAACGCGGGCAGGUACGGCGAGGCGGCUAGGCUCGGCCACGCUGACUUUUGUCUUAAUGGAGGACGCAGCCAACCCUACUGCGAGGAUACGCCGAACGAGGCGUUGUGCAGCCACAUCUGGUCGAUCUGCUACCAGGCGGAGAGCCUGUUCCGGGCGCGCGCGGCGGCGCCGUGCGGGCGGCGCUGCUCGGUGCGCGUGCCGCCCGCGCGCGCCGCCGCGCUGCCCGUGCCCGUGGGGCAGCCCGCGCCCAUGACGGCAUCAGGAGCAUACUGCCUCGAAGACUAUACGGCGCCGUUCUGUCCCCACACGUCAGGCCUGCUGGAAGGUGACACGCGUUGCUGCUUGGACGCGCAGUACGCGGCCGCCGCCACAGCCGACCCUCCGCGCAACCGACCCAGACCGCUGGUCAGGCUGCGAGCUAGGAGGAUAAAGUCUAACUCGCCUGGAAAUGACUUAGAUUGAAGUUUAGCAGAUUAAUGACAGAAAUAACCAGUGCAAACUGCACUUUUAAGGAAUUUAGGGCCACAGCCGAUGAAUGAUGGUAAAAGAUACCAAUUAUUGGUUAAAGUCAACCACAUAUCUUUCGUAUAUUGUUUAAAACAAAAACUCACUGAUCAGGUCACAUCAGGUCUAACUGGAGGGUGAAUUAAAACCUACUUCUCGGCGCCAUUCUAUAUAUCAAUGGUUAUGGCCUUUCCAAUUUUUACUUAUAACUGUACUUACACAGUGAAAUUUUGGUAUAUAUUUGAAAAUAGGGUAUGCCAUACAAAAUUACAAUCGUGAGAGAAUGAGACAGUAACACCGCAAGUAUGAAAGAUUAAUAUUGUAUGUGUGUAAUUCAAUGUCACAGAAUAAUCGAUGGUAAUUAGAAUUAAAUGAGUAUAAUCACUGUGUCCACUUCCCUUAACUAUGCGUUAAAAGUUAAUUACAAUUUUGGAAUGUGUAAAAACAAUAUAAUUAUUUUUUUAAAUGAAAAAAAUAUAUAUUUAGGUAUUUAAGUUUAUUGUUUUUUACUAGAAUCACGGUACAGUCGUCUAAAUUACAUACUUUCUAGUUUAUGUACUAUAAGAUUGUCAUGUAAAAUAGUGUAAAUAACGGAAAAGUACACAUUUAUUUAAGGAGUUAAGCCAAAGAAUGUCUUACCAUUAAUUAAUUUAACACCCAAUAAAAUAUUUUUUGUAA